AUGGCGCGCUCACAGAAGCCGGCUAAAUUCGCCAAAAAGCCAUCACACAAGGCGGCGAAUGCACUCGGGUACGCGAAACGCCAGUCGCGUAAGACAAAGGAAUCGUCAAGUACUUCUGUUACGGAUGUCUACGAAUUCCAGCAAGAGAAGGUCCGGCGAUCCAAGGUGAAGCUCCAGUAUGAGCGAGAUGAACUACUUGGCGCGGGAGCUCGUGGCAGCGAGAGCGAAGACGAGGACGGUGGGGAUGUACGUCGACAGAAUCAGCCCAGGUUGAUAGGAGAGGGUGAAGAGAACGAGCAGAUCGAUGAGGAUGAGGACGAGGACAUUGAUAGUGAUGCUGCCUUUGACGAGAGCGACGAGGAGAGAUACGCUGGGUUCAGCUUCUCGCACAAGAAGCAGACGGCGUCGAAAAACAACGCAAGAAGUGUGCGCUUCGCGGAGGUCGAUCUGAACGAAGACGACGACAACGAGGCGGAUGGACAUAGUGAUGAACAAAGCGACGGGAACUCCGAGGGCGCGGCUUCGGAUGACGAGGAGGAAGAGGAAGAGGAGGAGGGUGAGCCUGGCGACUUCCUUGACGUCCUGGAUGUCCUCGACGGCAGAGCGCACCUUGACAGUGAGGAAGACAUGGGUGACAUCGAGCGGGAAGCAGGAAGCAAGCAGAAACAGGACAAGAUGGCGAGUCAAGCGAUGGGUAGAGACGGGGACGUGGACAUGGACGACGACGACGAAGCAGAACGAUUUGGGUCCAGUUCAGAAGGUGAUGAGGAUGAGGACGACGAGGAAGAGAAUGAGGAGCAGGGGCCCGAGGGGCAGAUAUCAGCCUCUGAAGAAGAGCAAGAGCAGGAUGAGCUUGCGCUACAAAACCUGGGGCAGUUCGUGACAAGCCUAGGUGCAGGGCAGAAACGCAAGGCAUCUAAUGGCGAGGAAGGUGAGAAGGAGGGCGGCGGAGAUGCUGCGCGAGUGAGAAAACGACGGCUUCUGAAGGAGAGGACGGAGGCGGGGGAGGAAAACGAGUUUGCAGCUCAUAUUGGCGGGAGAAAGCUCAACAUUGAUGACCUACUCGCACCAUUGACGGCCCAGUCGUCAAAUCUGCUCUCGCUCAAGAAGUCGGCGAAGGUUCUCACGUCGCAAUCAGGUUCUGCCAAGACACUCGCUGCACCUCUGCCACAAAGGACGGCGGAGCGAUUGGACCGUGAAGCGGCCUAUGAGCAGACAAAAGAAGAAGCUGAACAUCUCAGUUUCCCGCUGCAAGCGCAACCUACGGGAAAGACAUCAAACCUGGAACUUGCAGCAAAGUUCAAGCCUACGACCGAGCUCGAGAGCGCCGUUGACAAGCUACUCAAGUCCGCCAAGAUGCGUGACGAAGACAUUGCACAGACUGAGUCGCUCAAACUCAAUCAUCUCUCCGUCGAAGAGGUUGCUGCACGGCGUGCUGAGCUUGCGAAGAUGCGCGAAUUGAUGUUCCGCGCCGACGCUAAGGCGAAGCGUGUUGCAAAGAUCAAGAGCAAGACGUACCGUCGGCUCAAGAAGAAAGAGAAGGCGCGCCUAGUCGCCAAGCUGGGCGAGGGCGGAGACGCAGAAGACGAGGACGACGAGGAGGUGCAGAUGAAGCGGGAGGUCGAGCGCGCACGAGAGCGGGCGACGCUGCGGCACAAGAACACAGGCAAGUGGGCGAAGUCGAUGAAGGCACGAGGGGAGCUGGACGAGGACCAGCGGAAGGAGAUCAAUGAGAUGCUAGAUCGCGGGGAAAGGCUGAGGAAGAAGAUCAGCGGGAAAGGCAGCGAUGAGGAGAGCAGCGAUGAUGACGAAAGUGACGAGGAUGAGGACGGGGAGGUGGCGGCGCAGCGCAUCAAGGCGAGUGCGUUUGAGGAGCUUGCAGGUCUGGACGAAGACGCUGGUGCGCAACUGGAGGCGAGCGAAAAGAAGGGGAAGAGCAUAUUCGAGAUGAAGUUCAUGAAGGACGCUAUGGCGCGGGACCAGCGAAGGGUCAAUGAGAUGAUGGACGACUUCGUUAAGGAGAUGGGUGGUUCUAUCCCGGAUGAAGACCGGGAAGGCUCUGCAGAUGUAGACGAGGAAGAGCGGCCGUACGGAACUGCAGUCGAACGCGUUGGUGGGCGUGUUAUAUAUCGUCCCGGUGCAAUCCCUGAGUCUUCCCGUCCUCUUGCAUCAGUCGCAUCGGAUACAUCCAGCGUCACCCUCAAGUCGACCGAUCUGCUUGGUGGUGUCGCUCAGCCCGAAUCAAUCCCUACCUCUCCCAUCAUCGAACGCGCAGACCCGCCGCCUCACGCAGAAGAAGUGAAAGUGAACCCAUGGCUAGCGCGUACUGAAAAUCUCAGUCGUCCAAUGCAGAAACGACACGAGGUUGCGGUUAGCAAAGACAGCGGGAGCGCGGAGAAGUCCAAGAACAAACUGCGCAAGCGCGACAGAAAGCGGGAAGAGGAGAAAGAAAAGGCCAAUCAGGACGCGACAGUGGAUAUCGAGAUGACCAACGUGAUGACUCUGGGUGCCGCUAGCAGCAGCACCGCUAUUGCAGCAAGUACGAGUACCAAUAUCAACGCUGCACCUGGCCCUUCCAAGAAGCCAAGCAAGAAACAGACUCAAGCCGCUGUCAGCAAGUCAAAAGUCCGUUCAGGGGGCCAUGCGGGAGAGGACAGCGACUCAGAAAACAGCGAGGUAGAAGAGCAGGAACGACAGCUUGACCGCAAAGGCAAACAGAAGGCGAACGGUGUGAAGGCUUUCGAGCAACGAGACUUAGUCGCUCUCGCUUUCGCAGGGGACAACGUUGUUCAGGAUUUCGCUGAGCAAAAACGCCGUGAGAUACAGGAAGACGCUCCGAAAGAGGUCGACACCACCCUACCUGGAUGGGGCUCAUGGGGCGGCAAGGGCGCCAGGAAAGCGCCUCCUAAACCAUUCCUCGUCAAGAAGGUCGCCGGCGUUGACCCCACUACACGAGCAGACUACAAGAAAGCGCAUGUCAUUAUUUCGGAAAAGCGCGACAAAAAGGCGGCCAAGUAUCUCGUUAAGGAUCUGCCGUUCCCGUACACGAGCAAGGCGCAAUACGAGCGCAGUCUCGACACUCCCAUUGGGACGGAGUGGAACACUCGUGUCGGAUUCCAGCGCGCGACGUUGCCGAAGAUCGUCAAAAAGCCAGGAAUGAUCAUCUCACCCUUGGAGAAGCUCACAUGAAACCCACAACACAACCCAUAUGUAAUUUAUUUCGUCAAAACUGCAUAUGUCCUGUCUUGCAUAUUCACAUCCAAUAUCGUCGCAUGCACUGUUUUGUUUUCUGUCAUCCUAUCACAGGGAUAUCCAAUAUAUUGAGCGAGUCAUCAGCAAUUAUAUGGAAUCAAG